AUAAAGAUACAAUAUAUAAAGUAACAGAUAAAUGAAGUGUUUAUUUUGUAUCUGAACUCUUGUUCGUGGCUAUACUUCCUGUGUAAAAAUGGUCUUGCUUGUAAUUCUUAUCCUGAUCCAGUUCUUCACCACAGAAUCCCUAAUAACCAAAGACAACUCAAACUCCUAUCGUAACUGCAAUAAAGAGUGUAAUCGUGAGAAGGUUGAUUGUGCUAAUGAGUGUCGUGUAGACCAUAUUCGUAGCCGGAAAGACUUUUUGGAAUGUGCUGUAGAGUGUAAGGAAGACUAUACAGAGUGUGACGUAGAAUGCCUGUGUCUUGUACCAUGUGACCAGCAGAGGGUCAGUUGUAUACAAGGCUGUCAGACACAAGGCGGUCGGUCCAAAAGAGGAUGCUACAGAUCGUGCUUUAAAGAUUUCCAUGAAUGCUACGAUGAGUGUAUGUAGUUGAUCAUAAUUCUGGUUUUGACUUUCUGAUUCAGAGAAUUGGUGACUUAACUGUCUCGCUAGAUAAAUAUAUAGGGCUGUACCUCUAUUUGUUUUGUAUUUGUUUUUAAAUCAAGGUUUAUUGGAUUAAUAAAUAGAUUUAAACUUGA